GUACUAACUAGCCCCGCCUAAAUUACAAAGGCGUGGCUGUCUUGCCUCUUAAGGCGUGGCUAGUUAUCAAAAUUAUUCAAGAUGACUUCUUUGGCUUGUAGAAAAUAUUUGGAGGAUGACCAGGACUCUGGAAUAUUGCUAGCAGCUAUUAGUGAGGAAUUAACUACUGAAGAUCCACCAGUUGUAGCCACUUGUUUAUUAGAUUCUAAUUAUCAAAUUAUUUUGUCUGAGAAUGGUUGGGAUUUGAUAACACUUUUCACUCGUUAUGUCACUUCAUUUGAUUCGCCUGUUUAUUCAUUACUUCAAUCAAUAAUCACUGUUUCGUCUGCUAAGGAGAUGUGUUUGGCACUAAUGGAGCAGAUUGAGGUUCUUUACGACAUAAAGAAAUUUAUCAUUCUCCUUCCUCUUCUGAAAGAUGUGUUACAGCGAAUGACAAGCCAUGCGACAGCAUUGAAGGAUCUCUUAGAGUUUGUUGAGAGAUUCUGUGCAGUCUUUACAAGAAAAGCACUAGCAGUCAUUGCUGCAACUCACAAACUUGACCAACCAUCACUGACCAAUGAAGAAGAAAGUGAUGAUGAACAAGAGGAGUUGGAUACCAAUGAUGUUAGCAUUCAGGACUUCACGAAAUCAUUAGUAGCAUUCUUAUCAUCUUUUGUUGCUUCUAUUAGCCAAACUUAUCAUGAAGCUGGUGGUAGAGUAUCAAAAGACAUUUUACCAUUGCAGAGAGCCUGUGUUGCUCACUUGCUGGAACUCCUUGGUACAAUAUUACUAACAAGUGAUGAAAAUGAUGCAGGAAUUGUAAUGGAGAACAUUGCUAACUGCCAUUACGGGGCACUUGCAUUAUUUGAAUGGAGGAAAAUCAAGAGAAAGAUCGACUUUGAAUCAACUUUAACUCUAUCCCAAACUGGCUUGACUGGUUUUGCAUACUUGAUUCUCGUUAAAGGUUCCUGUGCUAGCUAUCUUCCACUAGUUAUCAAUCCAUUGUAUUUAUUUCAAGUUUGUUCUCAUCACAUUUAUGAGACUCUGAAACAGUUCAGUGUAUCACACGAUAGGAUGACAGUGAUUUGUUUGACAUUGCUGGAGAGACUAAUGAGAGAUAUCAGUGCAUGCUCUAUUCCUUCAUCAUUUCUUGAUGAAGUUGUUCAUUUAUCUGAAUUAAUUCUUAUACUUUGUCACUUAAUGUACAAAUGCCCAUUUAAAGAAGUGAGGAAGUUAUCUCAAAGACUGGUGUUUAAGUUAAUACUUUGUUUUGGAUCAAAAGGUCGCUAUCGCCUGUACAAGAAGCUGUUUACAGAAUUGGAUCACUCUGGAGUUCAAGGACUAUUGGUACAUCAGAUAAAGGAAGAAGCUAAUGCAGCCAUUGAAUGCAACGAUGGAGUGUUUCUUGGUGACUCAUUAAAAGAGCUUUAUCAAGAUUUCCUGAAAGCAACUCCUCAAAUGGAUGUUCUCUCUGAGUUUGACAAGCUAUUGGCUGGCCUAAAUUUUAUAAGAUUUUUACUAUUAAAAGAUUCACCUUCAAAUGAUAUAACUCACGUUUGGAGGCACAUUAAACAGCUGAAGGAAGACUAUCUUAACCCAUUGAGAUCAUCUGUGACUCAUUUACAGACUUACUGUAAAGCAAGACUCCAAUCACCAGAACAAUACAUUUAAUGUAAUAUAACCAGAGUUUCCAGACAGGAAGUAUGAAUAAUAAGUACUUGCAACCCACAAUGCUAUUGUGAGGUUUAUUGGCUAUUUAAUGCUUGAAUCUAGUACUGAAGGAUUCAAGGCAGAAAUGUUCUGAGAUUACAAUUUUUGGAGGGACAUAACAGUCCCAAAACCUUUAUUAAUUUAUUAAAAUAAACUGAAUUGAGUAAUGGCUUGGUUGUAAAUUUUUUUUUAAUGAUUAAUUAAUUAGUAGCAAUGAAAUUUGUUGUUUGUAUUGCAUUUUCAGGUGACAGUGGACAAUUGGAUUUCUCGGUUAAUUUGAUUGGAGGUGAAGAGUUACCAGAACUUACUCCAGAAGAGGAAGC